CUUCCUGCUGUCACAAAGUGAAAGACUGUCCUUGGCUGCGAGUUUCUUAGUAACUCUGGUAAACUAGGUUAAAAGCCAGUUUUCAUGAAUCAACCAAAAAGAAACUUGAGGGUAUAAACAGGAAUUGUGGAGGUUUUCUUUAUUUAUUUGAGAGAGAGAGCGCGUGUGUGGGCACCAGCACCAGUUGGGGGAGAGGGGCAGAGGGAGAAGUAGAUGCUCACUGAGCUGGGAGCCCAACUGAGGACUUGAUCCCAGGACCCUGAGACCAUCACCUGAGCUGAAGGUAGACCCUUAACCGACUGAGCCACCCAGGAGCCCCCAGCCCCAGGAUUUUAAUCGCUAAACACAGGCUCCACCAGGAGAAAAAUAAUGAAGAUUUUGCUGCUGGGAAUUUUUCUGUUUUUAUAUAGUAACUCUGCCUGGGCAAAAGAGAAGCAUUAUUACAUCGGAAUUGUUGAAACAACUUGGGACUAUGCCUCUGACAACAAGGAGAAGAAACUUAUCUCAGUUGACACGGAACAUUCCAAUAUCUACCUUCAAAAUGGCCCAAAUAGAAUUGGAAGGUUAUAUAAGAAGGCCCUUUAUCUUCAAUACACGAACGAAACCUUUAAGACAGUUAUAGAAAAACCUGUCUGGCUGGGGUUUUUAGGCCCUAUUAUCAAAGCUGAAAUUGGAGAUAAGGUUUAUGUACACUUAAAAAACUUCGCCUCUAGGCCCUACACUUUUCAUCCACAUGGAAUAACUUACCGUAAGGAAUAUGAGGGGGCCAUCUAUCCUGAUAACACCAUAGGUUCUCACAAAGCAGAUGAUAAAGUGCUUCCAGGUCAGCAGUACACAUACAUAUUGGAUGCCAGCCAAGAUCACAGUCCUGGUGAGGAAGAUAGCAAUUGUGUGACCAGGAUUUACCAUUCUCACAUUGAUGCGCCAAAAGAUAUUGCCUCAGGACUCAUCGGACCUUUAAUAGUCUGUAGAAAAGAUACCCUGGAUAAUGAAAAAGAAAAAAAUAUUGACCAAGAGUUUGUGGUGAUGUUUUCUGUGGUGGAUGAAAAUCUCAGCUGGUACCUAGAUGACAACAUUAAGACCUAUUGCUCUGAACCAGAGAAAGUUGACAAAGAUGAUGAAGACUUCCAGGAGAGUAACAGAAUGUAUUCUGUGAAUGGAUACACUUUUGGAAGUCUCCCGGGACUCUCUAUGUGUGCAGAGGAUAGAGUAAAAUGGUAUCUUUUUGGCAUGGGUAAUGAAGUGGACGUGCAUGCAGCUUUCUUCCAUGGUCAAGUGUUGACUAAUAAGAACUACCGGGUUGAUACAGUCAAUCUCUUUCCUGCUACCCUCUUUGAAGCUUUUAUGGUGGCCCAGAAUCCUGGAGAAUGGAUGCUUAGCUGUCAGAAUCUAAACCACCUGAAAGCUGGUCUCCAGGCCUUUUUCCAGGUGCAAGACUGUAAGAAGCCUUCAUCAGAGAAAAAAAUCCGCUGGAAAUAUGUUAAACAUUACUACAUUGCUGCUGAGGAAAUCAUCUGGGACUAUGCACCCUCUGGACUAAACAACUUCACCAAAGAAAACUUAACAGCACCUGGAAGUGCUUCCGAGGUAUUUUUUAAACGAGGUACUACAAGAAUUGGAGGAUCUUAUAAAAAGCUGGUUUAUCGUGCGUACACAGAUGCCUCCUUUACAAAUCGAAAGGAGAGAGGCCCUGAAGAGGAACAUCUUGGCAUCCUGGGUCCUGUCAUUUGGGCAGAGGUGGGAUUUACCAUCAGAGUCACUUUCCAUAACAAGGGAAAAUAUCCCCUCAGUAUUGAGCCAGUUGGGGUGAGAGUCAGUAAGAACUACGAGGGCACAUACUAUUCUUCACAUAACAACACCCGGACUGAAAGUACGCCUCCUUCAGCUUCACAUGUGGCACCUGGACAAACAUUCACCUAUGAAUGGACUGUCCCCGAAGAAGUGGGACCCACUUACAAAGACCCUGUCUGUCUAUCUAAGAUGUAUUAUUCUGCUGUGGAUCCUACCAAAGAUAUAUUCACUGGGCUUAUCGGGCCAAUGAAAAUAUGCAAAAAAGGAGGUUUACAACCAAAUGGUAAACAGAAAGAUGUAGACAAGGAGUUCUAUCUGUUUCCCACAGUCUUUGAUGAGAAUGAAAGUUUACUCCUGGAUGAAAAUAUUAGAAUGUUUACAACUGCACCUGAUCUGGUAAAUAAGGAAGAUGAAGACUUUCAGGAAUCCAAUAAGAUGCACUCCAUUAAUGGAUUCAUGUACGGGAAUCAGCCUGGUCUCAACAUGUGCCGAGGAGAUUCAGUUGUGUGGUACUUAUUCAGUGCUGGAAAUGAGGCUGAUGUACAUGGGAUUUACUUUACAGGAAACACAUAUCUGUCAAAAGGAGAAAGAAGAGACACAGCAAACCUCUUCCCUCAAACAAGUACUACACUCGUAAUGCAGCCUGAUACUCCAGGGACUUUUGACGUUGAAUGCCUAACAACCGAUCACUACACAGGAGGCAUGAAGCAAAAAUACACAGUGAACAAAUGCAAGCAACGGUCUGCCCAUGUAGGCCACUACGGGUCAGAGAGGUUCUACUACAUUGCAGCAGUGGAGGUGGAAUGGGAUUAUUCUCCAAGUAGAGAAUGGGAACGGGAGUUGCAUCUCUUACAAGAACAAAAUGUUUCGAAUGCAUUUUUAGAUAAGAAAGAGUUUUACAUAGGCUCCAAGUACAAGAAAGUUGUGUACCGGCGGUACAUGGACAGCACGUUCAGAGUUCCUGUGAAGAGAGAAAAUAGAGAAGAACAUCUGGGAAUUCUAGGUCCACAACUUCGUGGAGAUGUUGGAGAUAAAAUUAAAAUUACCUUUAAAAAUAUGGCCACAAGGCCCUACUCAAUACAUGCCCAUGGGGUGAAAACAGACAAUUCUACAGUUAUUCCAACUUUACCAGGUAAAACUCGCAUUUACACAUGGAAGAUCCCAGACAGAGCUGCAGCUGGAAUAGAGGAUUCUGCUUGUAUUCCAUGGGCUUACUAUUCAACUGUGGAUCAAGUUAAGGAUCUCUAUAGUGGAUUAAUUGGCACACUGAUUGUUUGCCGGAGACAUUACACGGAAUUCUUCCAUCCCAUAUUAAAAUUGGAAUUCUCCCUUCUGUUUUUUGUUUUUGAUGAAAAUGAAUCCUGGUACAUAGAUGACAACAUCAAAACAUACUCUAACCACCCUGAGAAAGUAAACAAAGAUGAUGAAGAAUUCAUAGAAAGCAAUAAAAUGCAUGCUAUUAAUGGGAGAAUGUUUGGGAACCUACGAGGCCUCAGGAUGAAUGUGGGAGAUGAAGUCAACUGGUAUCUGAUGGGAAUGGGCAAUGAAAUAGACCUGCACUCGGUACAUUUUCAUGGCCACAGCUUCGGAUACAAGCACAGGGGCAUUUAUAGGUCUGAUGUCUUUGACAUUUUCCCUGGGACAUACCAAACUGUAGAAAUGUUUCCAAGAACACCUGGAACCUGGUUACUCCACUGCCAUGUGACCGACCACAUUCAUGCUGGAAUGGAAACUACUUACACGGUUCUAUCAAAUGGAGCAUCUUCUCAGACGCAUAAGAGGAUCUGGAAUGUGAACUAUUCGUUUAUACUCAGCGCGAUUAUUUUAUUCCAUGUAUCUACCAAGGAAUGGACAAGAGCAUAAGAUCCUCUGAUGUUCGCAAUGGUAUGGUGUCAGGGGGCUGCCUCUUGGAUAAUCUCCAGAUGUACUGUGAUGUGAGCUUGAAAAAGAGUUCCUGGAGAACCACAUCUGGGAGACCUGCUACAAGCUGAGCUUCCCAAAGGUCUACCAAGAGCUGAGGAAUUAUAUCUUCAUCCUUGCCACAAAGCACCUUGAAAACAAUGGAACAACCCCCCAUAUCCCAGAUAAAUAUAGUAUUGAUCAAGUUACACCUAGUCUGAAUAGCACUCCAUCGUGUGGGCAAUGCACUUAAUAAUUUAUCAUUAGCAUUAAUGACAAGGGGAAAGUAGAUUCAGAUAUUUGAACAGAAAAUAGAUUCUUGAUGACAUAAAUGGAAUUUUCUAGAUACAUUCUUUUAAUCUGUACUUUUAUAAAUUUGUUAUGGGUAAGUCUUUUUUUAAUAAACAAAUGAAAACUCA